CCUGCUCCUUUGUUCUUUCUGCCUUGCACAUUCCAGACCCCAAACAAUUUGAAACCAUGAAGUGGGUAACAAUAAUUUCUUUGAUUUUCUUGUUAAGUUUUACUGAAUCAAAACACCUGCUCAGAAGAUCACGGGAUGUAGGGCCCAGUAACUCCAUCGGGCACUGCUACAGUGAAAUACCAGAGGAGUCUUUCCAAGACGUCGCCCUAAUCUCAUUUGUUCACUAUGUACCGAAGAUCACAUUUGAAGAUGCAGAAAAACUAUCAAAAGACAUCACAGAGCUUGGAAAGAAAUGUGCCGCUGAUGAGCACGCCGUCCCGGAAUGUGCAAAAUCUACUGAUAGUCUUAUUCUGGAAGAGCUUUGUCAUGAACAAAAUAUUGCUGAACGUUAUGAAUUUUCUGAGUGUUGUGGUAAAGUUGAUCAGGAAAGACAUGAAUGUUUGUUGUCCCAUAAAAAUGCAACUUCAGAAUCCAUUACCCCAUAUCAACGACCAGAUGCUGAAUCAAGCUGCAAAGCAUUUCAGGACGACAGACAUGGAUUUCAUCAACAUUACAUGUUUAAGUUGGCCAAGAAGAUCAAAAAUGCAAAUUUCCUCACCCUCCAUCAUGCAGCUCCCAAGUUUGAAGAGGUUAUGGUGACCUGCUGCCAAGCAGAGGACAAGGAUGCCUGUUUCACUGAAAAGGCAACACCUGUAAAAGAUGAAGUGAAACUAUUUGUUUUGGUGGAGAAGCAGAACUGUUUCCUCUUGAAGAAGUUUGGACCAAAACACCUGCAAACACUGAAACUUGUUCAGGCAGCCCAGAAAUUCCCCAAGGUUGUCCAUAUUCAUGAAGAGCGCUGCUACACGCGGUGGAGAGUUACUACGACACAGAUAGCACUGACAAAGUUCAUCUGUGGACACCAAGACGUUAUAUCUCCUAAAGUGAGCGAGUGCUGCAAGAGGCCGCUGCUGGAGAGACCAUACUGCCUUGUGACCAUGGACAAUGACGACCCACCUGCAGAUUUGUCUCCAGCAGUCCAGGAGUUUGGGGAUAGCAGAGAAAUGUGCCGGCACUAUGCGGAGAACCAGGAUGACCACAUGGAAGGGGUUUUGUACGAGUAUUCGCGGAGACACCCAGAACUCUCACCACAGUUGCUGAACAGAUUUGGGACAAAGUAUCAGGAGAUGUUGGACAAGUGCUGCAAAAUUGAGAGUACCGAGGAGUGCGUCAGCAAAGAGAAACCUGACCUCAACAAAACCUUUGCCGAUGCCAUGGAAGUGAUAAGGACCAACUGUGAACUUUAUGCAAGCCUGGGAGACUACAAGUUCAAAAAUGCGCUUCUUGUUCGCUACACCAAGAAAGCCCCACAGCUGUCCUUUGAGAAACUGGACCAGUACGCAGAACAACUGCGUGCCGUUGCUGCCAAAUGUUGCCAACUGGGGGAGGAUAAGAAGCUGGUCUGUGCUGAAGGAUAUACGGACCUUGUGCUGGGGAGCGUGUGCCUGGAACAUCAAGAACACCCCAUAAACUCCCAAAUCUGCCAGUGCUGCAGUAACAACUAUGCUUUCCGACGGGAAUGCUUCAGUGCCAUAGAAGUCGAUGACGGAUACGCCCCCGCCCCCUGCGCUCCAGAAAUGUUCUCCUUCCAUGAAGAUUUGUGCACAGCCAAUGCUGACGCGGAAAAAAGGAAGCCCAGGUUGCUCGUCAACUUGGUUAAAUGCAAGCCAACCAUCACAGGGGAACAACUGAAGGCUAUCAUCACCGAUUUUUAUGGAUUAGUGGGCAAAUGCUGCCAAGCUGAAAACCACGAGCAAUGCUUUCAAGAAGAGGGUCCAAAACUGAUUGAACGGGCUCAAGCUGCAUUGAACUGAAAAGUUGUGCAACGGAAGACACUGUGUGGGAGCAAAGCCCAGCGGGCGCCGUCGCUCUCCCGUACGUAUCCAUUUCCUGAUUCAAAGGGAAUGAAGUUAUUAUUGCUGUAACCAUCUCUCAUGAUAAUGAAUAAAGCUUUUAAGAUAAAA